UCUCAGCUUCUUGUUGUUAACCAGCUCUAUAUUCUUAUACCUUAUUCAACUUCAACAGAAUUUCUUUCUUCCCAACCAGUAGUUUCAAGACAUUAAAAUGCGCUGCGUAACUACUACACUCCUCACUAUUGGUCUCCUUGUGGGCAAUGCUAUAACAGCACCACUCCCUGACGGCCAACCUGUGAUAGAUCCACUCCCUAACGGCCCUAAUGGCCGUCCUGCGCCUGACGAUCCUCACCAUAGGAGAGAUCAACCUGUCAUCAAUCCACUCCCUGACGGCCCUAAUGGCCGUCCUGCGCCUGACCAUCCUCGCAACAAGAGAGAUCAACCUACCAUCAAUCCACUCCCUGACGGCCCUAAUGGCCGUCCUGCGCCUGACCAUCCUCGCAACAAGAGAGAUCAACCUACCAUCAAUCCACUCCCUAAUGGCCCUAAUGGCCGUCCUGCGCCUGACCAUCCUCGCAACAAGAGAGAUCAACCUACCAUCAAUCCACUCCCUGACGGCCCUAAUGGCCGUCCUGCUCCUGACGGCCCUACUGGCAGACCUUCGCCUAACGACAAGAGAGAUCAACCUACCACUAAUCCACUCCCUGACGGCCCUAAUGGCCGUCCUGCUCCUGACGGCCCUACUGGCAGACCUUCGCCUAACGACAAGAGAGAUCAACCUACCAUCAAUCCACUCCCUGACGGCCCUAAUGGCCGUCCUGCUCCUGACGGCCCUACUGGCAGACCUUCGCCUAACGACAAGAGAGAUCAACCUACCAUCAAUCCACUCCCUGACGGCCCUAAUGGCAGACCUGCGCCUAACGGCAAGAGAUUUGCCCAACGAUAAGAGAUUUGCACUCAGUGACUAGGACAGCGGGGAUAUCGAUGAUAUUGAUGGUAUUGACGAUGACCCUGAUCAAGACUAGAGGUGAGGCGGACGCGGCGGCUGGAUUGAAAGGGCCUGGCUUGUACCAACGGAACUGAAGCCGGAAUCUGCCAGAUGGAUAGACAGUGUGAUAUAGACAGUGUGAUGUUGAUAGCAAAGUCGCUGCUUUCAAGGGCUAGUGCGAUUAGUAAAAUAGAGACACUCAUGUUUCCACUUGGCAGUUUACUACGGGCCAAGUCUAGCAGGACUAGCUUAAGGCCUUGUCUAGAGUCUGUGAAAAGAAGAAAAACGUCACAUUUUAUGCCGCUAUGCAUACACUGUAGUGAUUCGGGACUUGUUUAGGAUAAUGUUAUAGUCAGUGAUCCGACAGUAGAGUUUCUGCCA